UCUCUCUCUCUCUCUAGAGACUCAUCUACUUUCUCUUUCUCUCUGCAACUAAUUCUCUCUUCUAUGUUGAUGUGAUUCUCUAUCACUCUAAAAAACCCAUCAACCUUUACAAAAGAAAAGAAAAGAAAAGAAAAGAAAGUUAAUUCUCCUUGUGAGAAAUCACUCAAUAUUAUCAUGGUUUUCUCAUCAGUUCCUGUCUUUCUGGAUCCACCCAACUGGCAACAGCAGCAACCAAAUCAUGAUCAUCAUCAACAGCAGCAACAACAAGGUGGUCGAACCGAUCACCAUCAGAAUCCCCAGCUUCCUCCUCCUCCACAGCCACCUCAAGCAGCCGGAGGCGGCUGUGGAACGGGCUCCAUGAGGCCCGGUUCGAUGGCUGAUCGGGCUCGGAUGGCGAAGCUACCGCAGCCGGAGACGGCGCUGAAAUGCCCCCGGUGUGAUUCCACCAACACCAAGUUCUGCUACUUUAAUAACUACAGCCUCUCCCAGCCCCGGCACUUCUGCAAGACCUGCCGCCGGUACUGGACCCGAGGUGGAGCGCUGCGAAACGUGCCGGUCGGCGGCGGCUGCAGGAGGAACAAGAGGAGCAAAGGCUCCAGCAGAUCCAAAUCCCCCGGUUCGGUGGCUGCGGCUUCUUCAGAGCGCCAAUCCGGCGCCUGUGCCUCCACAAGCGCAGCCGCCAUGUCGUCCAACGGCGGCAAUAUACUCGGUCAUUUGGCGCCUCACCAGCCGCCACCCCACUUACCCUUUUUGCCGGCCCUACACCAUCUCGGUACCGAUCAUUACGGAGGCUCUGGCGACUUAGGGUUGAAUUUCAGUGGAAUCCCAUUACCGCAGGUGGUCGCAAGCGGCAGCGUGGGAAGCGGUGGCGCUGAUGUCGAGUUUCUACCAGCCGGCCUCGCGGAGCAGUGGAGACUCCAGCAGCAAGUGCAGCAACAAGUACAACAGUUUCCUUUCUUGGCCAAUUUAGAAGCACCACCAAAUACUAGUACUACUGGGCUGUUCCCCUUUGAUCAUCAUCAUCAUCAUCAUCAUCAUCAUGAAAAUGUGGAGCCGCCGCCAGGCUACGUUCGGUCUAAGCCGUUGGAUUCUGGGGUUAGCGGGGUGGUUUCUCAGAUGGCCUCGGUGAAAGUGGAAGGAAAUCUUAGCAAUACUCAAGGGCUGAAUAAUAUUUCGAGAAAUUUUUUGGGAGGUCUUGGAAAUCAUCAUGAUCAUCAAAAUCAGUAUAACUUGGGUGGUACUGCUGGUAAUGCAUGGACCGACCUCUCUACAUUCAGUACUACUUCUUCCACCAACCAUCUCUUAUAGUUUAUUAUAUCAAUCUAUCAUAUAAUAUAUAUCAAUCACCUCAUCAAAAUAUAGCUAAUUAACUUUUUGAUCAAGCUCCAAUUUGAAGAUGGAAAACACAGAGAAAAGGCGUGGAAUGGAAUAUAUAUAGAUCAUAUUAUAUAUUAAUAUUACUAGUACUUUUUGGUGAUCUUUGGCUGAAAAACGUACGUACACUACUUCAAAGUGGUAGGAU